CUGUUAUGUGAGGCUAACAGUCCCUCCCCCUGCAGGCGGAGUUAGGUUUCUAAAUUUUAGGAAUUAAGGUUUUAGAUUUGGAAGGAACUUGAGAGACCAUAUGCUCCACAUGUCUCAUGAUGGAGAUUAAGAACGGACACAUCCCAAAGGAAGCGAUUCUCUGGUCCUAGGUCUCUGCCCCCUUUCACAUCAAGGCAUUCAACUAAGUGGUCAGCCUCCACUGUGCUUGUGUCUCUAGCCCGUUGCACUCGUGCUUCUGCCCCGUUCGUCCACACUUAGCAGACAGUCUGUACGCGGCCCUUCUGCAGCCCAUGUGUCUCCAGCGGCUCUGCUUUGCUGCAGCCCUUGGCAGCACCUGCAGCCCCUCCGGCCAUGUCCACGUUCGGCCCCUGGGGAGCUGGCCUUCCAGUGUUCUUCCCGUCUUUGCUGUUGCUGCUGUGCUCCUCGGAUAGAAACACCUCAGUGAGCUCUGUGUCUACAAUCCUGUCCCUUUGCAGCACUGUCCUUGAUAAACAGAUAUUGUGCGCUUUCUUGCUCAGAAUUACCUUGGAGGACUUUUUUCUCCAGAAGAGUAGCUCUGAGCUCUGGAGUCAGGAAAGCCAGAGCAGAGUCAGCGCACGGUAAAUCCAUCAUGCUCUUCUAGGCCCAGAAAUGCCGAGAUAAGGAUAAAUAGGAAAUGCGCAUGGGAUCAGUCAGUAGAGGUUGGGAUUAGGCUUCUUCAUUGGUCAUGCCCAGCGCCUGCCUUCCCUCCACACCAGUUCUGAUGCUCUGGGACGGAGCACACCGUGGCAGGUCUCCAGACAUUUUUGGGUUUCCUUACAGUGUGUUUCCUCACUACCUGACUGCCCAUCCUCAGAUGUGGGAUGCCUCAUAGAGCCCAGCAGGGGCUUUGGGGUCUUUGUUGUGUUUUUUUUUUUUCUUUCACUGUUCGGCUUCCUUUUGAAUGGGGUUGACACUUUCUAAUGUGGGGGGCAAGAGGGAAGUGUAUCCAGUCCACUUGAUGGCAGAUGCACUGUGAGUGAUUUCUCACCAGCUCCAGGAGCACCGAGCUUGCUCUUUCUGCCGUUGGGUAAAUGUAAACUUGGAGUCCGCUGCUCUGAGCGAUUUCCCAGGUUGCUGCUAGGCGGUCAGUUUUAGCUGAUUGAGGAGACAGCAGUAGUUGGUACUGGGGAGGUACUUGGGAGGGAGAAUGAGGCAGGCAGAGAAGAGGGGGAUUCGCGUAUGAACGGUAGGACAGGGCAAGAGAGAGGAGGGGGUUAGAGAAUGGGAGAAGAAGGGAGAAGAAGGGCACGAAUGGGAGAGCCCGAGGAACGUGGUGGAAACAUGCAGUUGUACCCACACUGACCUAAAAUAGCUCCAUCCCCUUGCCUGGGCCCUGUGGCCCGGGCCAGGCUGCAUCGGUGGCUUCUAUGACCUCCCCGCUCCUCACCCCUCGCACCUGGGGCCUGCUGCACAGACAGUUUGUCCUGAAAAUUGAUGGCGUGCAGGUGCAGGUGCCUGAGCGCUGUAAGGCAUGGGGGGCGGUGGGGGUGGCAGGUUUUAACUUUGGGAAUUACACUUCUCUAAUUGUCUCUACUAGCCCUCUCUGGACUAGAGAGAUUUUGGAGAGAAUUGCCACAGAAUUUAACCAGUUACAGUUUCAUGCUGUUCAGAGCAAAGGCAUGCCUCUUCUGGACAAAGUAAGACCACGUAUAGCCCACAUUACGGCCAUGCUGCAGCAGUCCCUGGGAGGCCUGUUGCUAGAAGGGCUUCAGACUUCCAAUGUGGACAUCAUACGGCACUGCCUCCGGACUUAAGCUACAUUUGACAAGACACGGGAUGCAGAGGCGUUCGUUGGUCAAGUACUGGUGAAACUGUACAUGGAUGAGGUUUGUGCUCCCAUGCACCUCAUUCCACAAACACAGAGCAUCUAAUCUGGCUUCGUUUCUUGACUGGGUGCGAGAGAGCUCAGGGCUCUUCCUUGAAGAUGCUCUUAGUUCCUGCUCUUCUGGAUGUAAGAAAAGGUUGGUCCCGCUUGGAGCCCAUCAGCAUGGCAGGAAUCAGGCAUGCGCUCUUUUCUCUUCCAGUGAUGCCAUAACUCAGGGAUCAUCUUAAUUUAGUAGGGGUGAGGGACUU